ACAUAAGAUAAAUGUCCAGCAACUAGCUAGCGGGAAACGAGAACCUUCUCAGCUAUGGCCAACCAAGGGAACUGUAUCUCAUAUGCGCUUUUGGUUUCUUGGAUAGUAUUACUAUCUUCCUGUAAAGCAAGCUUCGCUUUAACAGCAGAGGCUCUGGCCCUCCUCAAGUGGAAAGAAAGCCUUGGAAAUCAGUCAAUUCUCCAGUCAUGGGUACCUUCCCCGGAAGAUGCCAAUUCCAGUAACACAAAUCAUUGCGAAUGGCGAGGAAUAAUGUGCAAUGAUGCAGGAAGUGUUACUGAAAUAAAUCUUGCAUACACAGGCUUGACAGGUACUCUCCAAUUCUUAGAUUUCUCUUCCUUCCCAAAUCUUCUUCGUCUUGAUCUUAAAGUAAACCGACUCACAGGCACCAUUCCGUCCAACAUUGGGUUACUUUCUAAACUCCAAUUCCUUGACCUUUCCACCAACUCUCUUAACGGCACUCUGCCUCUUUCUCUUGCCAAUCUCACUCAGGUUUAUGAGCUUGACGUUUCUCGAAACAAUAUUACCGGUGUGCUAGACCCGCGCUUGUUCCCUGAUGGAACAGGUGCUGCCAAAACUGGCCUUGUUAGCCUAAAAAAUUUACUCUUUCAAACUACAGGGCUUGGUGGCAGGAUUCCCCAAGAAAUAGGAAACCUGAAAUAUCUGUCUCUUCUAGCGCUAGAUGAGAAUCAUUUUUAUGGUCCUAUCCCUCGAUCUUUAGGAAAUUUGAGUGAGUUAUCCGUUAUGCGCCUUUCCGGCAAUCUCCUUUCUGGGAACAUCCCACCAAAUUUAGGCAGAUUAAGCAAGUUAACUGAUUUGCGCUUGUUCACAAACAAAUUGUCCGGUUUUGUGCCUCCACAAUUGGGCAAUCUUUCAUCGUUAACCGUUCUUCACCUUUCUGAGAAUAACUUCGCUGGCCAAUUGCCACAACAAGUGUGCCAAGGUGGAAAGCUAAUUAACUUUACAGCUGCCUUCAACAAUUUCUCUGGUCCAAUCCCAUUAAGCCUAAAAAACUGCCAUACCUUGUAUAGAGUCAGGCUUGAACAUAACCAUCUCACGGGAGCUCUAGACCAAGAUUUUGGAGUGUAUCCAAAUCUCACUUAUAUUGACCUAAGUUUCAACAAUUUUAGAGGUGAGCUCUCCGCAAAAUGGGGAGAAUGCCAGAACCUCACAGUUAUGAGAAUUGCUGGGAAUAUGCUGAGUGGCAAAAUCGCUGUUGAGAUUAGUCAACUGAACCGACUAGCAGUGCUUGACCUUUCUUCCAAUCAAAUUUCCGGAGAGAUACCGGUGCAAUUCGGAAAAUUAUCCAAACUGUUGCUUCUAAGCCUGAAAGAUAACAGGAUUUCAGGUGAGGUGCCAGUGGAAAUUGGAGAACUUUCAAGGCUGCAGUCUCUAGACCUCUCUAUGAACAUGCUGAGUGGACCAAUUCCAUAUCAAAUAGGCGACUGCACUAGACUUCAACUGUUAGGCUUGGGCAAGAAUAACUUGAACGGGACAAUCCCAUAUCAAAUUGGUAAUCUUGUAGCUUUACAAGAUUUGCUAGAUUUGAGCCAUAAUUUUCUCACUGGAGGGAUACCUUCUCAGCUUGGGAAGCUUACGAGUUUAGAACGACUGAAUAUAUCUUCCAAUAAUCUCAGUGGUUCAAUUCCUGCUUCUCUCAGCAGCAUGUGGAGUUUGAUUGAUGCCAACUUCUCAUACAACAAUUUAGAGGGUCCACUUCCUGAUAGCAACAUCUUCCGUUCAUUCCAGCCAAGUGCUUAUAGCAACAAUAAAGACUUAUGCAGUGGUCUGGUCCAAGGUCUGAGACCGUGCAACGCCAUACCUGAGAGAAAAAGUGAUGGGAAUAAGAAAAACAGAGUUGUAAUUGUUGUUGCUCCGAUAGCAGGUGGACUUUUCCUUUCACUUGCAUUAGUUGGUGUUCUUGGAUUUCUCCGGAGAUGGAGAUCAAGAAAUAUGUCAAAAGAUAGAAGCAAAUCAAGCAGUCGGGAAGAUCCAUUCUCGAUGUGCUAUUUCAAUGGGAGGAUUGUGUAUGAAGACAUCAUUAAAGCCACAAAAAACUUCAAUGACUUGUACUGCAUUGGAGAGGGGGGAACUGGAAAGGUUUACAAAGUGGAAAUGCCAGGUUCUCAAAUGUUAGCUGUGAAAAAACUGAAUUAUCUGGGCAGAGAUGGAGAGGUUGAGAGGUUAAAAAGUUUUACCAAUGAGGUCGCAGCUUUAUCAGAGCUGCGCCAUCGUAACAUUGUGAAACUCCAUGGAUUCUGUUCUCGAGGAAGGCAUACAUUUUUGGUUUAUGAGUUCAUAAAAAUGGGUAGUUUGGCUAAUAUGCUAAGCAGCGACAAAGGAGCCAAGGAGUUGGAUUGGGAAAAGAGGAUUAAGGUUAUUAAAGGUGUAGCUCAUGCUUUAACUUACAUGCAUCAUGAUUGUGAUCCUCCUGUAGUUCAUCGAGACAUAUCGAGUAAAAAUGUCCUAUUGAACUCUGAACUUGAAGCGCAUGUUUCAGAUUUUGGCACUGCCAUGUUUUUGAAGCCUGAUUCAUCUAAUUGGACAACCAUUGCAGGCACAUAUGGCUAUGUUGCUCCAGGUAAGCUCCAAAUCUAUAUUAAUGAGCUUGCUUACACAGGCGUGGUGAGCGAGAAAUGUGAUGUUUAUAGCUUUGGCGUUCUAACAUUAGAAGUUAUGAUCGGAAAGCAUCCAGGGGAACUCAUAUCCUGUCUGCAAUCAUUGACUAACCGAUGCAUCCACUUAGAAGAUGUGUUAGAUGCACGUGUAUCGCCUCCCCCAGGCCAACAACUUGCUGAUAAAUUGUCCUGUAUGUUAACUAUCGCACUCUCAUGUUUACGAGCCGAUCCUCAAUCUCGACCAUCGAUGAGAACUGUAUCUCAGCUUCUUGAAAUGAAGGCUAGUUCCGAUAAGGAAAUCUGCUAGGCUGGUCCAAUUGGUUGAAGAAACUUGCAAUUGGACUGGCUCCAGAAUUUCUGGCAGGCUUAGAAAUUAAACUUGUUAAUUUGUAUAUAUCACGUAAAUGUCCAUCUUUAAA